AUGAUCUACAAACCGGAGCCCCGCGGCCUCUUUUCCGGGGCCUUUUUCCCCUCUUUUUCCCCUCUUCCUCCCCUCCUCUUCACCUGUUCCCGGUCGGCCCUCCUCUUCUCCUCCUCGGCCCGCCGGCGCUCCUCCUCCUCCUUGCGGCGGCGCUCCAGCUCCUCCAGCCGCCGUUUCUCCUCCUGCUCCCGCCGCCGCUGCUCACGCUCCUGCUGCCGCCGCAGCUCCCGCUCGCGCCGCUGUUGCUAUAGCAACGGGACAGGAAACGGAAAGAUGGACUUCGGCGUGAGCGCCCAGCUGGACCGGACCGUGGGCCGGAGGAACACCUUCAUCGGGACGCCAUAUUGGAUGGCGCCGGAGAGUGACCUGUGGUCCUGUGGAAUCACAGCCAUAGAAAUGGCCGAAGGAGCUCCCCCUCUGUGUGACAUGCAUCCAAUGAGAGCCCUCUUCCUCAUCCCCAGAAACCCCCCCCCUCGGCUCAAGUCCAAAAAGUGGUCCAAGAAGUUCUUCAGCUUCAUCGAGGGCUGCCUGGUGAAGAACUACACCCAGCGGCCGCCCACCGAGCAGCUGCUGAAGCACCCCUUCAUCCGGGACCAGCCCAACGAGAGGCAGGUCCGCAUCCAGCUCAAGGACCACAUCGACAGAACCAAAAAGAAGAGGGGCGAGAAAGCUCUGUGUGACAUGCAUCCAAUGAGAGCCCUCUUCCUCAUCCCCAGAAACCCCCCCCCUCGGCUCAAGUCCAAAAAGUGGUCCAAGAAGUUCUUCAGCUUCAUCGAGGGCUGCCUGGUGAAGAACUACACCCAGCGGCCGCCCACCGAGCAGCUGCUGAAGCACCCCUUCAUCCGGGACCAGCCCAACGAGAGGCAGGUCCGCAUCCAGCUCAAGGACCACAUCGACAGAACCAAGAAGAAGAGGGGCGAGAAAGGUACAGCAGAAAAUAAAUAA